UUUUCUCCCUCCAGUCUGUCUCCCUUUCACGCGAUGGCUUCGGCGAAGACUUAUGUGACCAAGUUCAAGUCUAUCGUGAUUUUGUUCUUCACCCCGAUCCUGCUGCUGCCACUCAUCAUUCUGGUACCUGACAAGUUUGCCAGGUGUGGCUAUGUUAUAAUCCUCAUGGCUGUCUACUGGUGCACGGAUGUCAUCCCAAUGGCUGUCACCUCCCUCCUACCUGUCUUACUCUUCCCACUUUUGAAGAUUCUGGACUCCAAGCAGGUAUGUGUCCAAUAUAUGAAGGACACCAACAUGCUGUUCCUGGGCAGUCUCAUUGUGGCCGUAGCUGUGGAGCGCUGGGAACUUCAUAAGAGAAUUGCCCUGAGAAUGCUGCUCUUUGUGGGGACCAAGCCUUCACGGCUGAUGCUGGGCUUUAUGUUCGUCACGGCCUUCCUGUCCAUGUGGAUCAGCAAUACCGCCACCACGGCCAUGAUGAUACCCAUUGUGGAGGCCAUGCUGGACCAAAUGGUGGCCACCAAUGCAGCUGUGGAUGCCAGCCAGGGGACACUGGAGCUGCUGGACAAGAGAAAGACCAGCGAGUUGCCAGGAAGCCAGGUGGUAUUUGAAGACCUCAGUGUGCAGAAUCAGGAAGAUGAAGAAACAAAGAAUAUGUACAAGGCCAUGAACCUAUGUGUGUGCUAUGCAGCCAGCAUUGGGGGUACAGCCACCUUGACCGGGACGGGACCCAACGUGGUGCUCCUGGGCCAGAUGCAGGAAUUGUUUCCUGAGAGUAAAGACGUCAUGAACUUUGCAUCUUGGUUUGGAUUUGCCUUCCCCAACAUGCUGAUGAUGCUAGUGGUGGCCUGGCUGUGGCUCCUGUGUUUUUACAUGAGACCCAAUUUAAAAAAAACUUGCAUCUGCUGUGAGAGGAAGAAGAGGGACACUGAGAAGAUUGCCUCCAAGGUGCUGAAUGAGGAGUACAGGAAGCUGGGGCCCUUGAGCUACCCUGAAUGCAAUGUGCUCUUUUGUUUCACCCUGCUCAUCAUCCUGUGGUUCUCCCGAGACCCCGGCUUCAUGCCUGGCUGGCUGUCCCUCGCCUGGAGCGAGGGAAAAACCAAGCAUAUCACGGAUGCCACAGUGGCCAUCUUUGUGGCCAUUUUGCUUUUCGUCGUACCUUCACAAAAGCCCAAGUUCAACUUCAGCAGCCAGACUGAGGAAGAAAGGAAAACUCCAUUCUAUCCCCCAGCACUGCUGGAUUGGAAAGUCACCCAAGAGAAGGUGCCCUGGGGCAUCGUGCUGCUCCUGGGAGGAGGAUUUGCUAUGGCAAAAGGAUGUGAGUCUUCAGGGCUCUCCGAGUGGAUGGCAAGACAGAUGGAGCCCUUGAGCUCAGUGAAACCUGCUGUCAUUACCUUGGCCUUGUCCUGUCUUGUUGCAGUAACCACAGAGUGCACAAGUAAUGUGGCCACUACCACCCUGUUCCUGCCAAUCUUUGCCUCCAUGGCUCGUUCCAUCGGCAUCCAUCCACUGUACGUCAUGAUUCCCUGUACCAUGAGCGCAUCACUUGCCUUCAUGUUGCCUGUGGCCACCCCACCAAAUGCCAUUGUGUUUGCCUACGGACACCUCAAAGUUGCUGACAUGAUGAAAACAGGAUUCAUGAUGAACAUCCUUGGAAUUGCAUCUGUGUUUCUGUCAGUCAACACCUGGGGACGGGCUGUGUUUAACUUGGAUAAUUUCCCUGACUGGGCAAAUUCAUCAAGUAUUAACACUUAGAAAGAGCCACAAGAGCAAAGCAUGCCCCCCCAACCCUUUUGAGGACUAUGAACCUUCUGGCACACCUUGCACAGAGCACUGGGUGCUCAUACCCCAGUGUGAUCCAAUGAUGUCAACACCCCAAGAAGAUCUAGCCAACUAGCCACCUCUUCCUCCAGGCUCAGAUUCAGAGAUGGCAAUGGGUGAUGGGAAGAUAGGCUCAGGAGGGAAAGGACCCCCUUUGAGAGGUCGUGAGGUCCAUCUUUCCUAGGACUCUCCACCUCUCCUGGGGCAGGCAGGAAACAGAGGGACCAGGGCUCCAAUCCUGUACCAUGUGGCUUUAAAAGACAACUGGCUUUGUGCUGGGCACCAGUUCUCACAUGCCUGUUUCCACGGUCUCCAUAUGGGGAUCGGAUCACCAGGCUGAGAGCCCAGGCUUCGUGCCUCUACUGGAUGUCCCCAGAUCAUCAUCUCUGUCACCAUGAAGGAACUUCCCAUCCAGGACAGAACUCUGAUCUUGAACACUUCCCACUGCCAGAGUGAGAGAGGGUGUCACGGCCCCUGAAGACUUGGACUCUACAUGGUGCCAUCACCAACCACUGAGCAACCUGAGGUGCUGACAUUGUGGCACUUCUGCUCACCCUUGGCUGACCUGUCCCCUACUUGCCUCAUUUCAUAUCAAUUAACAAUUUGAACCCCCUUCCCAGCUCCCGAGUGAGCCUCCUUCAACUACUAGAUCUGCCCCCCACCCUGGCUGAGGCUCUCCAGAAAAACCCCUGGUUUUCCAGGGAGCUCAGUUUGAUUAUUCUGGGAAUGCUCAUCCUGCCAGCCUGGUGUGGCCGGGAUCACAUUUCAAGGAUGGACAAUGGUGUCUCUUUGGGGGAUGAUGUCAGAGUAGGAUCCCUAAAUCUUCCCUUGGCUAGAUCCAGAGCAGAUUCAGCAGCUCAUUCCCAAGGGCUGGGCCACUGCACAGUUUGUCUGUCCUGUUGGACUCUUGAGCUCCUCUGGAAAGGCCUUUCCCUUGCUGGCUAUGCAUUGUGGCCAGGCCUGGUGGCAACAGAGCAUGGAUGAGCAGUGUUUGUUGGUGUCUGAGCAGACAGACCCUGCCAGAGUAAACUGACCAAGCAGAGUGUCUAUAGGAACCUGUAGGACCACUCACAUGAAAGGGAGACAGGAGAGGAAGCUCUCCCUUGUCCUUCGGUGAUGCUCUCUUUGCUUAAUUUGCUCUGAAAAGAAGCAUGGCUGGGUAGAUAAGGUCCAUGGAUGUCAUUUUUCUCUGGGCAGAAGACAGUAUGGGGACCCAAGGAGUCCCCAUCAAAGACCAAGUCUGUAUCUGCCUCCUUGGGAGGGAUGACUCCUGACCACACUGUUGAAGGCUUGCUCUCGUCAAAUACUCUGUCUGCUAUGGAAAGUUCCAGUGUGCUUACUGGUCUGUGAUUUCGUGCCUUGUGAAGGAGACAGAGGAAGGCAGAUGAAUAAACAGUUGCUCUCUGUCCA